GUGGAGGUGGAAGAUCCCCUGAAGCAGCAUAUGGCCGCCUUUGUGCAUGCGCAGUCAAAUACCCAAGAUAUCGCAAAUUUGGAUCAGAAAAUAUACGACGUUGUUGAUCAGAUAAACGAAUGGAAGACGCGUCGUGACUUUUAUGUGCGCUUUGCCGAUCAUCCUUAUGAAUUCAUAAGGAAGUGGCUUGUUAGUCAAAGCCAAGACCUCAAAACUAUGACAGAAGCAAGUGGUGAAGGUGAGGCUGAACGCCGUGCUGAUCAUUAUUAUAGGCCGGAAACUCAAGAGGGUGUCUUUAGAUACAUCUAUCAGAAAGUGCAACAGAAAAGAGCAGAGUUGGAGCAAGGCCUUGGCGUUAGAAAUAACUAA